AUCGCGGUGCUAAGAGAUCGCGGAACUGCUGCUUGCGCAGAGGCCUCGUUUCCUCCUUGGCUCCACCCAGCUCACGCUUGUGGGUGGGAAGAAGCGGGGCUUCGGCUGUGCGCGUGCGCAGAAUAGAGAGGGGGGCCUCCAGGUCGGGGUUCCGCGGAGGGGCCGGCUCUAGCAAUCGGAGGCCGAGAUGCAGGACCCCAAUGCAGACACGGAGUGGAAUGACAUAUUACGCAAAAAGAGAAUCCUGCCCUCCAAGGAAAGCCUGCAGGAUUUGGAAAAGGAGGCGGAAGAGGAGGAGGAGAGGAUCCUCCAACAGUCAGUAGUGAAAACAUAUGAAGAUAUGACUUUGGAAGAGCUAGAGGAUAAUGAAGAUGAAUUCAAUGAGGAAGACGAAAGGGCCAUUGAAAUGUACAGGCAGCAGAGACUGGCUGAGUGGAAAGCAACUCAACUGAGGAAUAAAUUUGGCGAAGUUUUGGAGAUCUCUGGAAAGGACUAUGUCCAGGAAGUUACCAAAGCCGGUGAGGGCUUGUGGGUGGUCUUGCACCUUUACAAGCAAGGGAUUCCUCUCUGUGCCCUGAUCAAUCAGCACUUCAGCGGACUGGCCAGGAAGUUUCCUGAUGUCAAAUUUAUCAAGGCCAUUUCAACAACCUGCAUACCCAAUUACCCCGAUCGGAACCUGCCCACAAUAUUCAUUUACCGUGAAGGUGAUAUCAAGGCUCAGUUCAUCGGUCCUCUGGUGUUCGGCGGCAUGAACCUAACGAGAGAUGAGCUGGAGUGGAAGCUGGCCAAGGCGGGGGCCGUCAGGACGGACCUGGAGGAGAACCCCCGGAAGCCGGUGGAGGACGCCCUGCUGUCCUCCGUGCGGAGUUCUGCCCCCAUGAGGAGGGGGGACAGCGACUCUGAGGGCGAGGGCGACUGAGGCUGCAGCCCUGAACUCUCUGGAUGUGACAAGUCAUCUGAAUUUUUUUAAAAAGAGAAAAACCAAGAGCGAAAGCUUUUGAUUUUUUAGCCUUUUUAUAAUUAUGCUUCAUAUCUCAUGCAUUUCAGAAGUAAUCAUUGGCUCGAAAUGGUAUCGGAUUUCUUGAAGCCCUUUUGAAAUAACAGUUCUUUUCUAAAGGAAAUUUUAAGACAUUUAUUGAUAUGCCAAAUGGCUAUAUUUUCCCAUUUAUGUUUUAAGUAAAAGGUAAAGCUAU